CCUUCGGAGAAUGUCAAAUAUCAAAAGUUCAGCCCCGUCACGACCAACAGACGAGUUUAUCUCAUGCCUUACUACGUGACCAUGAGCAUCUCGCAAUUGCCUUCAAUGAGGGCUGCCAAAGCUUUUGCAUUACUCGAGCGGGCUGUGAUAACUGACCACUGCAUAUAUACAGGGAUCAAAUCCGCCAAAUUGCGGGGAUGCGCUUUUCGUGAGUCAAGCCAUUCCUGCAAAUAUCCUCAAUCGAGGCACAUAUCAUCCCUGCGUACAGCAUUGUCCGGCUCUGUCGCCUCUAGGUCAAAAGUCGCGAGACCCAAAUGAAGUCAAUUAUUUCUUGGUUACGGCGACGUGGGAAAAACCAACCACCCGCGACAGAGGAUGCCAGCGACGGGCUUAGCCGCCUUCCACUGGAGCUCCAUUUUUUUGUGCUUGAGCACUUGGAACUAGGAGAUUUCAUGGCUGCGUUGAACGUUUGCUGCAGUUGGCGGUAUAUAUGGCUGAGCGACGAAGUAUGGCCAUCUCUCGCAUUGCGCUGGCUACCUGGUCUCUUGGAGCAUAUCAACUUUACAGUAGCUACUGAUGAAAGAGGGGAGGCUUUCCGGCGCGCUUUGGUCAAACACCAGCUUCGUAAUCAUGGUCUCUUUUCCGAUGUCUUGCAGCAUAGCAUGACACUCGAAAAGGAUCGAUAUUUCAAGCUCAAUAAGAAGGUGCCGGUCGAGGAGGGUGGCAUACACUCAUGUUCCAGUGUACGUGAGCCUGAACCUGAUCUGGAUCGCUUUGCCAGAUUCAGAUUAUACAACAAUGGGCGUAUUGCAUGGUGGCCCGAACCUUACGCGUUGCCUUACAUCGCUGUCAUUGACGAUCUUCGGUCAAGGAAGCGGCAUGUAUUUUGCUUCCCAGGUCAUAACGGAGAACAGGUAGGCUAUCAGACCGCUCUGGGGGACAAGCUCUUCAUCAUGGGAAAAGAACGCAGAUUGCACGCGUGGCAUCUCGAAGAAGACACACACCAGUGCAUUGAGCUGCCGUACGACUUUAAGAGGUGCGUCACGGAUGGACAUACCGUGCUCAUUGUCGCGAAAGAUUCGACUGUUUAUUUGUGGAAGUUUGGCUCGGCUUUUCAACAGGUUGAUAUGUCCAACAUGUAUGAGAAAGCACCAGUUACAUGGGGCGAUCAAGGCGACUUUGUUCCGAGCGUAUUGGGUCCACACCGUGUUGGCUUAUGGCUGCGAUGGGCAAAUGUUGCUCUUGACUUCAUUAUUCACCCAAAUGUCGCGCAGGGGUUCUUCGUUGUGACCUUAAGCGGCGGGAUUUUAUCAGUCCAUGAAAUUAAUGCUGGUGUCCUGGUCAGUUCUUAUACGUUAAACGAAGAGAUGCUAUCUCGGCGCGCACUGGAGAUUUCCGGGCAAUUGCGCUGGGAAAAGAUCGAUUCCAGAGGGGGCUAUAGUCUUCUUUCGGUCUACCCAAUGCCGAGAGGAAGCCCUACAGAGGACGGCAACGACGAAAUAUGCCGUGAGAUAUCUUGCCGCUGUCAAACCUGGUGGAGCGUUGGCGGACACACCCUGGUAACGGUCUGCUUCAAUAUCUAUACCAAAUCGUUCGAGGUCCUCCGCCAUCAGCCACUGUCCUACUACCAGCCUAGGACAUUCCACAUAUGGAAUCAGCAGCUGUUGGCUGUCGGACGGGGUCGUCCACCUAACGGAUGGCACGUAGCGUCGUUCCAUAAGUAUAACGGUUGGACCAACGUUCAAUCUCUUAGUUCUGUGCCGCUUUAUACCACCUCUAAGCUUAAGCUCGCCGGAUCGUCCAGGCUUGCAAGACGACGGAUGACUUUCGAGGAAUUGGAGAUAAACGACAUGGAUACACAUGUCAAGGUCCCAUACAAUCUGAAAUACAUCCUUGAUGCCAGACAACUCAGUACGUCUAAUCGCGCGCCUUUACAACAAGAAAUCACGAAUAAUAUGCGACUUGUUGGAGAUGACGACUACCUAAUUAUGUUUGAAGAAGGAGGGUACAUGGCUUGGUGCUUCAGCGAUAACAUUGCCUAGUAGUCACCUAUUCGACAUAUCGUAUUUGACGAAGAUUUUCGAAGGUCUCUGAAAUAUUCUACCCAAUAAAGCUAGAGUUUAUCUAUUGGUAGCCAAAGGACAUUACAUAGAAGUUCGAUGCCUUUAGUUGAGCUGUUCUGUCUGUCAUCGUUGUUUCGAUGUAUUCAUGUUCUGGUUUGUUAGCCUCACUGGCCCUAUCUUGGGCUCAAAUUGCUGGCAUGUUGGAAUUC